ACCCAAGAGAGGAAACAAGUGUGGCUCGAGUCAUGACGACCUUUGGUGUCCCCAUCAACGAUGAUACACUGAAACAAAUGUCUAGGUAUAGGGGCAAGAAGAUAACCCUUCCGUGCACGGGAAGCGAUGCGGCUGAUCCAUGCUGAAGACAAGCACUUGAGUGCUCUCAACCAUGCGCUCGACCUCAAGAAUUCGUAUGGCAAUGGGGUGACAGCCAUGUUCCUCAUCUACAAUGCCACGGGUGACACGCUCGAGCAGCUUGAAGACCAGAAGGUGGACUGGCUUGGCAAUGUGAGCACGGAGGAACCCCCAGCCUCCAUCCAGAACGGCCAAUGGAUCACCUUCAUCCACGCUCACCCGACUGCACAGGCUGUUGGAUCAGAGGCGGCGCGGGUCUUCCGAGGCCACGAUAUCACAGGCCAAGUUCGUGACUAUAUGGUAGCCUGGUUCGUCCGUUGGGACAGCAUUCCAAACUCAGCAUACCCUGAGGUACGUGAGAAAGAUCACUUCCCAAAGUUCUGGGGUUACAUCGUGAGCUUACUUGAGAGGGCAGGCAAAGUCACCAAAGACCAAACUGAUGAGUAUUGUGCAUCCACUGUCAGCAUCGGUGGCUACACUUCCUCGGAAGUCAUUGCAGUUCUGCAGCACAAGUUUAGCCCUUUGCCAGAUCAGGAUAUCCUCUAAUAAGGCUCCGUAUCCUUGCCGGCCCUCGUACCCACCAGUGUCACCGUACGUCCUCAUGUUAUGUAUCUCAUGGUUGUCGUCCUUGGUCCUCUUGUUAGUUACGUGCGUCCUAGUGUUAUGUAUCGUCCUCUGUCUUUGUACCGACAAUAAAAUACUGGUGAGGGAAAUGAUGAAUU